AUAUUGUCACCUCCGGGGUUCAAGUGCUGCAGUCCGGCAGCCAGAAUUUGCCAACUGUUUGUUUGCGGCACGGGGAUGAAACGAUGGCGCCCUGGUGGCGCCGAAAGGGCCGUGGCGAUCACGGUGCUAGCGUUGAAUUACCGGAGCACGCACCAACCACCCGCUCCCGUGUUCUCGGGUUCCUCGCUAAUAGAAAAGGAGGUCUCCUCUCUGGACUUUGCAUCAGAGGUUCACCAAUCUCGUCUAUGUACGUAUGUCUCAGACUCGCAUGUGCCCUGCCCCGAACGGGAAUGGCUGCCUUGGACCUUUCGUCUUUGGGAUUCCGAACACAGACACACACACUCUCUCUCUUCGAUCGAGACAGGGCAAAAGACAGGAGAUUUCUUGUUUAUAUAGAUAAGAAUGGAAAUCUCCGAGAAUUUCAAGCAGUGGGGCUAAACCCUCUUCACCUGGCCCAUGGCGUAGAGACAGAUUGGGCGUACGUUCAUACCGAAGAAGAGGUUUUACAUAAGGCUGGUCAAGUGAAGGAUCGCCAUUGCCAGAUGGGUAGCGUUUUUGUCAAGAUCCAGACCACCAAUCAGUCAAUGGGCUUUAGGCGCAAGCCGCCUACCACCACUUGAACUCCCCUAGCAAUGGCACACUAGAGCCAGUUGAGGAGGGAGCGGAGAUGUCAAUUGAAG